CAACAGCGUCAUACCGUAAUAAUGUCGUCCUCUGUCCCUCCCACACCCACCACAGCUGCGAGCGCUAGACCGCAUUUCACACCCUUAGUCUGCAUAGUCGAUUUCCACCAUGCUCGCGGCCCCGAAGUCGAAAAAUGGUUCGGCGCAGAGCCAGAAGGGUUCGACCCGGCGGUGGAAUAUGAUUGGGGGUUGCUGCCUUUCAUGGCCCUCAGCGACGGCGCGCAUGCUCUGACCGAGGAUUUCUCCUACUUUACGUUGUUGAAACCUGCGGAAGAUGGGGGGGCGGGUACCUCGCUGUUUGGGAUUUCAUGCACUCGCCAGAUGGACGCUUCUCUGUUGCUCAACAGACCGGCCGAGGUGACGAGAUCGACGGUGCAAAAAGCCGUGGUCGUGAUUGCAGACAGCCCACAGUACUUUGGCAUGCUUAGGGAGAGGCUGAGCGUGGUCACCAAGGCGUGGUUUACGCAGCGGGAGUUUACAGAUGUGGAGAUUCUGAAAAGGUUCCAGGAGAGCUUGGCUGAUGAGAAGGAAAGGGGGAUGAUGAACGAGGAUGAGGACAGAGACCAAUAUCUUGGACUGAGUCUGAGGGAGCUUGUCAGGGAGUUUAAAUGGCAGACAUUAGUGCUGUUGAAAUGCUGUUUGUUGCAGCCAAAGGUGUGUAUUCUCGGUUUUCAACACUUGGGGAUCGUUGCGCUGACAGUGGGAUUGCUGCGCAACCUGCAGGACUCUGCGGGACCAGAGUUGAACAACUACGAGCAGAAUCUCCAGCAGCCAACAAGCCUGAGGACUAGCGACCGGAAUUCCCUGCUGGCAUAUAUGGGGCUGCCUCUGCAGAUUUUCCCAAAGGGCAGUUUGUUUGGACCAUACACCCCCUUGCAACAGCUCGACAUUCUGGCAGACUUUGGAACGAAAUCGUACAUAGUGGGCAGUACGAAUUCAUUACUUUUACAGCAGAAAGAUCGGUAUAGCGACAUUCUCAUUAACCUCGACGAGGGCACCAUCAACAUCACGUCCACUUCGUUGAAGGCGGCUCUUCAGCUCUCCACCCCAGACCGCCGCUGGAUUGACUUUAUAACCCAAAACGUCAAUGAUACCUGGGACGAGGCAAACCCCGGCCGUCCGAAAACUAUGGGUUAUGUUGGCAGCGAGGAAUUCAUCCGCGUCCAGUUCGAGGAGUACUUACUUUCUUUGAUAUCGUCUGUCAAGUAUCACAACCACCUCGCAAAGCAUGCCAACAACCCCCGGAUGUUACUCCCUUAUAUUGAAGGCGAUCCUUCCACCGACUUCGGCUCUGAUUUCGUCGAAGCGUGGUCAAAGACGGAGAACUACCGAAUUUGGAAUUCGCACACUGAUUCACAUCUGUUUGAUAUUGUCGAACCAAAACAUCCCUGCGCUGGAGGCUUGACCAUCGAAGACGUUCAGAGGAGGAUAACGCAGCAGGUACAAGAUAUGCAUUGGGAUGAGAAACUCGCGCAGGGGAAGGAGGCCCUAGGACGGAACUUGGCGGCUGGAAAGGAGAAGGCCAGCAACAUCUUUAAUAAAUUGUAUGCGGACAUGGAGGCAAUGAGGGAAGCCCAGCGAAAGAAGGCCGAGGAAGCCAGAAUUGAGCAAGAGAAGGCAGCUUCUCAGCAGCAAGCCGAAAACAGAGGGGAUUCUCCUGACUCGACAGCUUCCAAAACAACACAGAGCUCACAGGCUGCUGCGCAAUCAGUAGGCAGCAAAGCGGGCGCGUUUGUCAACAGCUGGGCUACUUGGGCAGGGGAGAAGAGGCGGAAGGCUUGGGGCGGCGGCAGUUCAACACCUCCUACUCCCACCACUGCCAGUCCUCCCGAGAGUAGCAACGGCGGCGGAGGCGGCUGGACCUCGGGCUGGGUGAAGAACAAGAACAGGCAAUCACAGAUGAGCACAAGGAGUGCGACCUCUGUCGACGGUAUGCUUGAGAAGGAGACCAAGACUGAAGCGAGAAACCCCACGCAUAGUCGACUACCGGAGGAGAAGCAGCCGCUGGCUGCGGCCGGGAAUAGAGGUUCGGUGGCCGGCUCGUCUAUCAGCGGGGAGAGCUUGUUUGACUCACCUGUCGCAACCCGACAAUCCAGACCGCUAUCGCAGGAGAGCGUAAUUCUGGAAGAUCAGGAACCAGGAGGGAUCGAUGGUGUUGUGUCAUCGUCAGUCUCCGAGGAGAAGAAGUCAGGACCUAUGAACGGAAAUGGACCACUAGUGGUCAAGGUUGCCAAAGACGAGGGUAGUGAUGAUGAGGGGAUCCAGGAAGCUCAGAAAACACCGCUUCCGUCGAGGGUGGCGGCGGACGAGGCAGCCAAGGCCCAAUCUGCCUGGGAAAGAUGA